AGCUGCUCCCCGCGAGAUAAAUUGUGAGUGGUACAAUUGGAGGAGUCGGGUACGAAACUGUCCUUUCGUGUUUCCUGUGAAGGACGGUUAACAGUCGCAGCUUUUUAAAACUCCAGUCAAACCUUUACAGAACGUAAACCGGGGGGAUAUUUCUGUGGAGGUAACAUGGCUGGGAAAAAGGAGAGCGACGGCGGAUGGAGGAAAUUUCUGUGGAAUUCAGAGAAGAGAGAGUUUCUAGGACGAACAGGGGGCAGUUGGUUUAAAAUCUUCCUGUUCUACGUGAUUUUCUAUGGAUGCUUGGCUGCGAUCUUCAUCGGGACCAUUCAGGCUCUGCUGCUGACGAUACACGAGUUCAAACCCACCCACCAGGACAGAGUGGCUCCCCCAGGUCUGUCACACACGCCCCGCUCCGACAAAUCUGAAAUCACUUUCAAUGUGAAAGAUGAGUCCACGUACAAGAAGUACAUCACCAGCAUGACGGAGUUUCUCAAGAAAUACGACGACGAAAAGCAGUUAGAAAAUAAUAAUAUUGACGAUUGCAGUGACUUUCCUCAAACAUACGUGGAUCGUGGCAAACUCGACAAAGAACAAGGAGUGAAGAGAAGUUGCCGUUUCCUCAGAAGCAAUCUUCAAAACUGCUCUGGGGUAAAGGAUGACACUUUCGGCUUCAGUAAAGGACAGCCGUGCCUCAUCGUCAAGCUCAACAGGAUCGUCAACUUCAGACCAAAGCCUCCUACCAACAAAACCGCCCUUCCAGAUGCUCUGAAAGGCAAAACCUUUGAAAACUACAUCCCCAUUCACUGCAAGAACAAGAGGGACGAAGACGAAGGCAAGAUUGGAGAGAUCAAGUACUUCGGGCUUGGGGGACUCGCCGGUUUCCCCCUGCAGUACUACCCCUACUACGGCAAGCGCCUGCAUCCCGAUUACCUGCAGCCUCUGGUGGCCAUCCAAUUCACCAACCUCACCUGGGAUCAGGAGCUCCGCAUCGAGUGCAAAGUUUACGGUGACAACAUCGACUACAACGAGAAAGACCGCUAUCAGGGACGCUUUGACGUUAAGUUCACCGUGAACUCGAAGUCGUGACCCCAGGCACGAUGAGCGCACACAAAAAACAACGUAGAAAGAUAUUCAAGAGUUCAGAUUUAAAAAAACAAAAAACAACCACCACUAGUCUUUGAACAUUCAUUAUUUACAGGACCUACACUUAAUCCGUGUGCUUUACACUAGCGUUUCCCGUGUUUUCUGUCCAGAGUUAGAAUGUAAAAUACGCAAAAAGUAAAAAAUUAAAAAUUAAAAAAAAAAAGGUAGCAAUAGCAAAUAUUUAUUCUACUGUAAAUGGGGGGAGGGUAAAAACAA